CGUCGGCAGAACCACCAGGGUGAAAAGAGACCUGCGUAGCUCUGCCUGUAACUGUGAGUGAGCAGAAGUUAGAAAGCUGUACAUUAAUGCGAUAAAGACGUGAAAACCGAGCAGAAAAGGCCGCUAACAGUCAGAGCAGCGGGUUUCACCGAGAGAGAAAUUAUUUAAAUUAGAGCAGAGUUUGGCUCGGAGGCUGAAACAGAAGCUACUCCAGGCUCAAGUUUCUCUGCCAGGUGUGUUUGUGAGAGAAACACAGGGAACAAUGGUGAAGAACGUGAACAACGUUAACGUGGAGCCCCAGCCGGGGACCAGCGUGGCCUUGGACGAAGCUGAACCCGCCUACAGCCAGUCUGCAGAGGACUCUAGUAAGGACCAUGUGGCGGCGCCCCCCGGCAUGAUGUGGCGGGUGACUGGCGGCCUCUUCAAUGUCACCAAAGGCGUCGUUGGUGCCGCGGUGGGUGGAGUGGCCUGGGUGGGCGGCAAGAGCCUGGAGAUCACCAAGUCGGCUGUGACCACAGUUCCCUCGAUGGGUGUGGGGCUGGUGAAGGGUGGGGUGUCUGCCGUGGCCGGCGGCGUCUCCACGGUGGGUUCGACGGUAGCCAAUAAAGUCCCGUUCACAGCCAAGAGGAAAGACAAGGCUGAGUGAAGACGGCGAGGAGACGGAUGGUGAAGAUGAUGAUGAUAAUGAUGUUGAUUGAUGAUGGACUUGCCCCGCCCUGAGCCAACAGAUAGAGGCCGCCAGCUGAUCUCUGUCUGCCAAUCAGACUCCACAGUGCCUUCAGACGCCUUUUCUCGGUCUUGAACAUAACAGUCUUGUCACCAUGCCGAGAUCUAGACUCUGCUGCAAAUACGACAUUCAGUACCUAAAAGUUACCAUGGCAACCCAGAAUUACCAGCAAGAAAUGCUGAGUCAUCUAAAUGCUUCAUACAAUCCUUGCCUGACCUGGAGUGGGGCUUGUAUGUCUAUUACAUGGACCGGGAUCCACUUCAGCACGUGGUGAACUUCUUGAUGCUGUUGAAUAUUUUUAUCUGUUUACAAUCCAGACUGACACUCUAUCUUUUUCUUCCCUCUUUCCAGUCUACACACAUUUGGUGAAAUGUUUUCUGAAUUAUGAUGCUGAUUUUUUUUUU